CCGUACAGUGUGGAUGGGCCACACCUAUACAGCUUGGGCCCAAUAAGAAAGAAACUCAAUUUGGUUUUGGUUUUGGUUUUGGUUUUGGAGCCAAACUUUCUUCUUUCAAAUCUCUCUCUCUUUUCUUCGAUGGCAGAUCCACCGACCUCCAAACCUUCUUGCAUAGGCUCCUCUCUUCUCUGGGAAUAAUUUGUUUGGAUUGGCUCAUUUGCUGUAAACUACUUUUGUCUGUCUUAAGUUAACAGCAGCAUCACAUGUGGUAAAUGAGUUAAUUUCUGAUCUGGAAAGUUAAAUCUCAUCAUUAAGCACAUAUACUCGCUUUUUUCUCUAUCACACAUUAUCAAAAAAAGUGUUUUGAUUGCAAGAAGAUACCUUAGGAUAUUUUCCUAGCCAACUAGGUUCUGCUGGUUCUAAAAUGGUAAACUCGAAUCUUGAAAACAAUGUAUGGGGCAAUAGCAGGACAGCUUUGUCCACUUACCAUAAACAAUCUCCAAUAGCAGUGAAAAAGGUGGCAUUAAGGGACUUGCAAAAUGAUAACAGAAGGUUCAUAUCUUAUGGUCCGGAGAGUUCAUGUAUAACAGGAGGAACAGUGAUGGACAGUAAUAGUAUCAAGGUUUUUGGAACUAAGAUACUCACCUCCGAAUGCCCUUGUAGCCCUCCGAGCAAGCAGUCCUUGGAGGGCAAUGGUUUAAAUGAACUCGAAUCGGAUGCUGGAAUAAGCCUUGAUUUGGAACUAGGUAAACGAAGAAAUCAGAACAUUCCAGAAGAUAAUGCUGUUUCUGUUAAUUUGAAACGGUAUUUACAAAAGCAACCAAACCUACCUGAGCAGCCGAACAAGAAACCGGAUCAUGGGACAUCAUAUCCACCUGCAUUUGCACCACCUUAUGCUGCUUCUGUAAUUGCUUCACCUGCAAACACUGAAGGGAAAAGUGAUCAGGAGAGGAUGGAACGAUUCAUUCAUCUGCAGAAAGUUCUGAAGCAGUGUGAGGAAUCUGAUCAGAGGGACUACAUUCAAAUGCUCUUUCGUUUAUCUCCGCUUGAACUUAGCAGACAUGCCGUUGAGCUGGAGAAAAGGUCAAUGCAACUAUCAGUUGAGGAAGCUAGAGAGAUCCAAAGGAUGAGGGCGAUGGAUAUACUGGGAGUGGGGACAUCUUCCAAUGAUCGUUCACCUAUUUUUGACAAGAGUUAAUCCAAAAAGUGAAAAAUGGUAUAACAAUUUACUUGUCUAAGUAAAUCAUUCAAAAUUGUGAUAUUUAAAAUAUAUUUGAACAGGUGAACGAGUUUGAGUAUUUUCCAGCUCAAUUGGUGACUAAUCGUCUGAUAAGUGAUAACUAUAUUUAUUUUACUAGUUUGAGUAAAAUUUAUGCAAGUUUAAGACAAAGCAUUGUAUGUACGAAUCACAGUUGGGUUAGGUAUCAAGUAGUUAGUUUCGUGGGAUAACUUCUCUUUCGGAUCAUAUACUACUCAAAUGUCUCAUGCCAUGCAUAUUGAUUUUUGUGAGAUGGUACUUUAGAAA